AUGAAAUUCCUAACUUCUAACUUUGUCAAGUGCGCCAUUAAAACAUGUGACUCGUCCACGGAGUCUUUCCCACUACAAUUUUCGGACUGCCAGCUCGUGCAGGAGGAGCUGGACUACAAUCCAGACUUUAUUGUGCAUAUGUUGGACAGAUUGGACUGGGAUGCCGUCUUGAAAGUAGCUGCUGAUUUGGGAAACAACUCACUUCCCCCAUUCAAGCCCGAAAAUUUGGACCCAAUCAUGGAGGACGACCAGGCCGUCUUGAAGGAUUUGCAUACUUUGCUUGUGGAGACCCAGAUCGUGGAGGGAAAAAUGACGUGCCGUAACUGUGAGCACAUCUACUUCAUAAAAAACUCCAUUCCAAACUUUUUGUUGCCCCCACACUUGUGUUAA